UGUGAAGCAGCGGGAGCGAGCCUGUAAGUGUGACGCGCUCCUUCGUGCCGCACAGAUUUCAGCACCGAGGACAGCGCUUCAUACAGACAGGACAGCGACAGGAUAGCGACGGGAAAGCGCUUCAUACAGACAGGACAGCGACAGGAUAGCGACGGGAAAGCGCUUCAUACAGACAGGACAGCGACAGGACAGCGGGAGGAGAGCGACGAUUUAACUGAAGCACCGUUGCUCGAAUCUGAUCCUGACAUCAGAGAGCAGCAUUAUUUUAACUGCAACAAAAUAAAGAAAAAAAAUGCUCUCGGUCUGCUCAAAGCUUCAAUAGGAGUGGUGCAGUGUAGAGUCUGCAGACUGGACCCAAAGCGAGACCUGCAGCUUCAUCUCCGAGUAACAUAACGAUUGAACAGAAUGAGGGGCUGCGAUUAGAGUCGUCACAGUCCGCAGCACUGGCUAUUCAUCUAGACUGGCAUGUACUGCGCGGUAUUUCCACCAGGUAGUAUACUAGAUGAAGAGAAGAUAAAGCCAGCGAGAGGAAACCACACAUUCAAAUAAAACAACAUCUAUCUAUUCGCGCACAAUGCGUCUUUUCCUGCUUGCAGUAUUUUUUUCUUGCUCCUUUGCAAGGGGCGGCUGCGAUCCCAAGAUCGUGAACAUCGGCGCCGUGCUGAGCACCAAGAAGCACGAGCAGAUGUUCAGGGAAGCCGUGAACCUCGCGAACAAGCGGUACGGCAGCUGGAAGAUCCAGCUGAACGCCACCUCUGUCACCCAUAAACCCAACGCCAUCCAGAUGGCUCUGUCCGUGUGCGAGGACCUCAUCUCCAGCCAGGUGUAUGCGAUAUUAGUGAGUCACCCACCAGCUCCGAACGAUCACCUGACCCCGACGCCAGUGUCCUACACAGCAGGGUUCUACCGCAUACCAGUGGUGGGGCUGACCACGCGCAUGUCUAUAUACUCUGAUAAGAGUAUCCACCUGUCGUUCCUGCGCACCGUGCCUCCCUACUCUCACCAAGCCCACGUGUGGUUCGAUAUGAUGCGCGUGUUCCGCUGGAACCACAUCAUCCUGAUCGUGAGCGACGACCACGAGGGCCGCGCGGCGCAGAAGAGGCUGGAGACGCUGCUGGAGGAGAAGGAGUCCAAGAAUAAAAAGAGGAACUAUGAAAACCUCGACCAACUGUCCUAUGACAACAAGCGAGGACCCAAGGCUGAGAAAGUUCUACAGUUUGAACCCGGAUCCAAAAACGUAACGUCACUGCUGCUGGAGGCGAAAGAACUGGAGGCCAGAGUGCUGAUCCUGUCAGCGAGUGAGGACGAUGCUGCCACAGUGUACAAAGCAGCUGCCGUUCUGAACAUGACCGGCUCCGGGUACGUGUGGCUGGUGGGUGAGAGAGAGCUGUCAGGAAACGCCCUGCGAUAUGCGCCUGACGGCGUGAUUGGACUGCAGCUCAUUAAUGGGAAGAACGAGUCGGCGCACAUCAGCGAUGCCGUGGCAGUGGUGGCACAGUCCGUGCACGAGCUCUUUGAGAAAGAGAACAUCACAGACCCGCCGCGGGGCUGCGUGGGGAACACCAACAUCUGGAAGACAGGCCCUCUGUUCAAGAGAGUCCUGAUGUCCUCCAAGUACCCCGAAGGGGUGACGGGGCGCGUGGAGUUUAACGAUGACGGAGACAGGAAAUACGCCAACUACAGCGUAAUGAACUUGCAGAACCGCAAGCUGGUGCAAGUGGGCGUGUACAACGGCAGCCACGUUUUAUUAAAUGACAGGAAGCUCAUCUGGCCCGGCGGGGAAACUGAAAAACCGCGUGGAUUUCAGAUGUCAACGAGAUUAAAGAUAGUCACGAUACACCAGGAGCCCUUUGUCUAUGUGAAGCCGACCCUCCUGGAUGGGACCUGCCCAGAGGAGUUCACAGUAAAUGGAGACUUGAUUAAAAAGGUGAUCUGCACGGGCCCCAAUGAGACCAUCCCAGGUAACAAAACAGGACGCCCCAUUGUCCCGCAGUGUUGUUACGGUUUCUGCAUCGACCUGCUUAUCAAGCUGGCCAAGACGAUGAACUUCACAUACGAGGUGCAUCUGGUAGCUGAUGGGAAGUUUGGAACGCAGGAACGAGUGAACAACAGCAACAAGAAGGAGUGGAACGGGAUGAUGGGAGAGCUCCUCAGCGGUCAGGGAGACAUGAUCGUGGCUCCUCUGACCAUCAAUAAUGAGCGUGCCCAGUACAUAGAGUUCUCCAAACCCUUCAAGUACCAGGGACUCACCAUCCUCGUUAAAAAGGAAAUCCCGCGCAGCACCCUGGACUCAUUCAUGCAGCCGUUCCAGAGCACGCUGUGGCUGCUGGUCGGGUUGUCAGUGCACGUGGUGGCUGUGAUGCUGUAUCUACUGGACCGCUUCAGCCCGUUUGGACGGUUUAAAGUGAACAGUGAGGAAGAGGAGGAGGAUGCCCUGACCCUGUCCUCGGCUAUGUGGUUCUCCUGGGGGGUGCUGCUGAACUCUGGGAUAGGAGAAGGGGCUCCCCGGAGUUUCUCGGCACGGAUCCUGGGGAUGGUGUGGGCCGGCUUCGCUAUGAUCAUCGUCGCCUCCUAUACUGCCAACCUGGCUGCCUUCCUGGUGCUGGACAGACCGGAGGAGCGAAUCACCGGGAUCAACGACCCCCGGCUGCGAAAUCCAUCUGACAAGUUUAUCUACGCGACAGUGAAGCAGAGUUCAGUGGACAUCUACUUCCGACGGCAGGUGGAGCUAAGCACGAUGUACCGGCACAUGGAGAAGCACAACUACGAGAGCGCAGCCGAGGCAAUCCAGGCCGUCCGAGACAACCAGCUGCAUGCCUUCAUCUGGGACUCUGCCGUCCUGGAGUUUGAGGCAUCCCAGAAGUGUGACCUGGUCACCACUGGAGAGCUCUUCUUCCGCUCAGGCUUCGGGAUCGGGAUGAGGAAGGACAGCCCCUGGAAACAAAAUGUCUCCCUCGCCAUCCUCAGUUCCCAUGAAAACGGCUUCAUGGAAGACCUGGAUAAAACCUGGGUGCGAUACCAGGAGUGUGAUUCCCGAAGCAACGCCCCAGCGACCCUCACCUUCGAGAACAUGGCAGGUGUGUUCAUGCUGGUUGCUGGAGGUAUCGUGGCCGGAAUAUUUUUGAUAUUUAUUGAAAUUGCGUACAAGCGACACAAAGACGCGCGGAGAAAGCAGAUGCAGCUCGCGUUCGCUGCCGUCAAUGUCUGGAGGAAGAACCUGCAGGACAAUAAGGAGGCUCCAGGCAGGGAAGUACUUGGUCGAGCCGGGACUCCGAGAUUAACGUCUAUCUUUCUAGAGACACAGGAUGAUAGAAAAAGUGGUAGCGCAGAGCCCGACCCCGACCCCGACCCCAAAACGAAAGCCACUUUUAGGUCCAUCAGUACCACCCUGGCCUCCAGCUUCAAGAGACGUAGGUCCUCCAAAGACACGCAGUACCACCCAACGGACAUCACAGGCCAGCUGAACCUGUCCGACCCGUCAGUCAGCACUGUGGUGUGAGAGCCAUGUCCUGGGAUUCUGCAAACACAUUACUGACACUCACCCACAUCCUCACACACCCACACCCACACCCCACACUCACA